AAAACUGAUGAUAAUUUAACUAAAAUUAAACUUAAACAUUGUUUAUUAUUGGAAAUUUAUAUUGGUACAAAUGUUAUGUAUAAUUUAACAACAUCAUUGAAAAAUCUUGAAUUUAUAAUAAACAUUAUCGAACCAAUGUUGGAAAAUUCCUCGGAAAUCGAACAACUUUAUCGAAUUAAUCAAAAAUAUAUUGAUGAUAUUAAUAAUUAUUAUGAACCAAAUAUUAUUGUAAAUAAAAAAGGUAGAAAACGUAAAAGAGGUAGAAAGAAAAAACAAUUAUUAUUAUUGAAUUCUGACCGACAACCAGAACAACAACAUCAACAAGAGCCAAAACGAAUUUAUCGAAGAAGAAAAUUUCCCGAAUCUGAUCGUAAAACAAGAAAACGAUUUAAAAUUGAUGAAAAUCAUAACGAAAAACAAUUGAUAAAAUCAACACCAAGAUUGACAAGCGCCGGAUUGAAUCUUGAUAUAUACGAGAAUGAUGAUGAAAUACGAAAAUUCUCAUGUGUUAAUCGAACCAUGAAACGAAACGAUUUGUCAUCCAGAUAUUUAACCCGUUUAUUGUUCCCGAAGAUUUUUCCAAAUGAAAAUUGGCCAUUCUGA